UGCUGCACAAGGGAAAUCCAAAUCCGCAAACUCCGAAAAGCUUCGAUGUCAUAGUUAGCGCAUGCAUUAUUUUGCUCACUUCCUGGUGAAAGCCUGGCGAACAAUAAACAUUACCGACAACAUUGUUCGCCUCAUAAACUUAUAACAUUUCCUAGCUACUUCGUGAUCAAUUGUUCGGAACAGUCGCAGCCAUGGAAUCGAUGCGCCUCCUUCAACGCAAUGCUUUACGCCAGCUGUUCGAAACCCGUCCUCUGACCCGACGAGCCCUGAACCAAGCCACGUCCUUGCGAUUCGGGAGACCGGUAGCACAACAACGCGGCGCAACGAGAUCGAUACACACUCCGCGGUACACUCAGCGUUCCAUCAAGAGUGGCAGCACAUUCACACAACAAGCCUCAUCUUCCGCUCGUCGUUGUCGAAACAGCAAGAACGGUAACGGCAGACGAUAUAAUUCCACCACCACAUCCCCACCGGAAGGAAAUCUGAGUAUUAGAGACCGUCUGAAAAAGUUGUCGCGCGAGUACGGAUGGUCAGCGGUAGGAGUGUACCUGGCUCUCUCGGCGCUAGAUUUCCCAUUCUGUUUCCUGGCAGUGCGCACACUAGGAACAGACCGGAUCGGGCGAUGGGAACAUGCUAUCGUCGAUACAGUGAAGGGAUUUGUCAAAUGGCCUUUUGCGCAGUCGGAGGAUGUCAAGGCCGGAAUUGACGGCGCUGUUGAUGAGGUUGAGAGGGAAGUCUUGCCUCCUGAGACGCAGGGCAAGAGGAUUCUCGAGGAAGAUGAGCCGGCGACGAGGACGCAGAGUGUGCUAAGUCUGGAUGACCAUGGGUACAAGGAGGCGGAGAAGGCGAAUUCGGGGGAUAAUGCUAGUCUAUGGACACAACUUGCGUUGGCGUACGCGAUUCACAAGUCCUUCAUCUUUGUGAGGGUGCCGCUUACGGCGGCGAUAUUGCCAAAGGUCGUCAAGACGUUGAGAGGUUGGGGGUGGAAUAUUGGAAAGGUGCCGAGUAGGAAGGCUGUUACUGGCACAUCGUCGACAUCUGGGACGGGCGUGAAUACGAAAGGUGCGAAAGUCAAAGGGGAUGAUUGAGCGGUCGCGGGAAAUGGGGUAAACACUCUUCUCAUCCUGUCUUCUCGUCUUGUCAUUUGCGAAAGGCGUACUGUACAGCCUCGGCCGGCGGCUGCCGACAUGCA